ACACUUCAUUUCCACUUAUUUUUGUUUCUACCUCUCUCAUCUUAUCAUCUAUCACAUCUAAAACUUUCUCUCUCUUACUUUUUCUUUUCUUUCUAUCUCUCUCCUCCUCCACCCCUUCCACCUCAAAAUGAGGUGUGGAUAAAACAUUUUCCAUUAUGCACUGCCCUUAGUCAUUCAUAUCAGAGCUGAGCAGCAUCAAAAGGAAUGGGUCAUGUUGACAUCCAAGCCAAAGCCAAACCCGCCGUCGCUGCAAACUCUGAGUGGCCUGAAACGGUGGUUGGUGUCACCACCACACCCACACCCUCCUUCAUCUUCAGCCACCACACACUCAUUCAAUGCCAUUAUCAACCGCCAUUCAUCCCAAGGUGCUCACCGUCAAGUUCUUCUCACAUACACCUCCAUGCUCAACUCACACGUCCCUUCUGACGCCUACACCUUCCCCAAUCUUCUCAAAGCUUGCUCCUCUCUCGACCUCUUAUCCCUCGGUCUUUCGCUCCAUCAACGCAUUGUAGUUAAUGGGUUGUCCACUGAUGCCUACAUUGCUUCUUCUCUGAUCAACUUCUACGUUAAAUUUGGGUGCGCUGAUAAUGCUCGCAAAGUGUUUGACAUUAUGCCUGAGAAGAAUGUAGUGCCUUGGACUACUAUCAUCGGGUGCUACUCGCGCAUGGGUCAUGUUCAUGAGGCAUUUUCUUUGUUCCAUGCAAUGCGUUGCCAGGGAAUUCAACCCAGUAGUGUUACCAUGCUGAGUUUGCUGUUUGGAGUUUCAGAGCUUUCUCAUGUGCAGUGUUUGCAUGGUUGUGCAAUUUUGUAUGGGUUUAUGUCAGAUUUAAGGUUGUCGAAUUCUAUGCUGAAUGUGUAUGGGAGAUGUGGGAACAUUGAAGAUUCUAGGAAAUUGUUUGAUCACAUGGAUCAAAGGGACCUGGUUUCAUGGAAUUCCUUGAUUGAUGCCUAUGCCCAGAUUGGUGAUCUUUGUGAAGUUGUGUUACUUGUCAAGGCAAUGAUGGUACAAGGUUUGGAGCCUGAUGCGAAGACUUUUGGGUCGGUAUUGUGUGUGGCUGCGUCAAGAGGUGAUGUAAAAUUGGGAAGAUCAGUGCAUGGCCAGAUUUUAACAGCUGGUUUUGACUUGGAUGCUCAUGUUGAAACAUCACUUGUUGUAAUGUACUUAAAAGGUGGGAACAUUGCCAUUGCAUUUAGAAUGUUUGAAAGGAGUUUAGACAAGGAUGUAGUUUUGUGGACAGCAAUGAUCUCAGGCCUUGUGCAGAAUUGUAAUGCAGACAAGGCACUGGAUGUUUUCCGUCAGAUGUUAAAAUCUGGAGUGAAGCCAUCUACUUCUACUAUGGGCAUUGUGAUUACAGCUUGUGCACAACUUGGAUCUUUUAAUUUGGGGGCAUCAGUUCAUGGCUAUAUAUUAAGGCAAGAAUUGUCAUUGGAUAUCGCUGCUCAAAACUCUCUUGUUACAAUGUAUGCAAAGUGUGGCCACUUGAAUCAGAGUUCCAUUGUAUUUGAGAAGAUGAACAAAAGGGACUUAGUCUCCUGGAAUGCCAUACUUUCUGGAUAUGCUCAAAAUGGCUUCUUAAAUGAGGCCCUUUUGCUUUUUACUGAAAUGAGGACUGAUCAUCAAACACCUGAUUCAGUAACCAUUGUCUCCCUCCUCCGAGGGUGUGCAUCUACUGGGCAACUCCACAUGGGAAAAUGGAUCCAUGGUUUCGUAAUAAGAAAUGGCCUUAGGCCGUGCAUCUUGGUCGACACUUCUUUGGUAGACAUGUACUGCAAAUGUGGUGAUUUGGAGACUGCCCAAAGAUGUUUCAACCAGAUGAAAAUUCAGGAUUUGGUAUCAUGGAGUGCCAUAAUUGCUGGAUAUGGCUAUCAUGGCAAAGGGGAAUCUGCAUUGAGGUUGUUCUCAAAGUUUCUGGAAAGUGGGAUUAAACCCAACCAUGUGAUUUUCCUCUCAGUUCUGUCCUCUUGUAGUCACAAUGGACUUAUUGAGCAGGGCUUGAGCAUAUACGAAUCAAUGGCUAGAGAUUUUGGGAUUGCACCAAAUCUCGAACACCAUGCUUGUGUGGUGGAUCUCCUCUGUCGUGCAGGGAGGGUAGAGGAGGCAUAUAACUUGUACAAAAAAGUGUUCUCAGAUCCUGCACUUGAUGUUUUAGGCAUACUCCUUGAUGCUUGUCGAGCAAAUGGUAUUAAUGAACUUGGUGAGACAAUUGCCAAUGAUGUUCUUAAGCUGAGGCCUACCAAUGCUGGAAAUUGCGUACAAUUAGCACACUGCUAUGCUUCAAUAAACAAGUGGGAAGGAGUGGGUGAGGCAUUGACCCAUAUGAGAUCUCUUGGCUUGAGAAAAAUUCCUGGCUGGAGUUUUAUUGACUUACAUGGGAUCAUUACUACAUUUUUCACAGAUCACAACUCACACUCUCAGUUGGAAGAAAUAGUGUAUACACUAAAGUUUUUGAGAAAGGAAAUGGUCAAAAUGGAGGGACCACACAUUAACCUUGAAAGCAUCACAAAAUGUGCUGAGGAUUUAUCUAACCAGGAGUAAUUCAAAGAUUGAGUGGCACUAUUGGAGUAUCCUGUGAUGCUGCCGCUGCAAAGUAUUUGGAUAUCCAUCGAAGAUAUUUCCAUAGCAGAUUGACUGGCACAUUUGAAGUUUCCUGUGAAUGCCACUGGAUUGUUUUUUUGGGUUGAUAUGACAUCAUAGUGCUAUGAACACUUCGUAACCUACGAGAUCUGUCUCAACCAAAAUGUAUACAUCAUAUGUACAACAAAAUAUAAAGUUAUCAAUCAUUGAUUUUUUUUAUCUAUUGUCACAACUUCACAAUUUUUCUUUUAAAGUGCUCUUUUCAUUUAAAAAUACUUUAAUCUCAUGUAAUAGACAGAUAA